AUGCCAGAGAGACGCCUGUCACGUCUGCUGAAGGGCAAACUGCUGCGACGAUCAUCAACUCCCACGGUUCCAAAAGCGGGCAACGGGGCGGACCCGCGUGUCCACCCAAACUCAACGUCUCGCACCUCUUGCACUCCGCAUCCCUUCGACUCGGCGAGCGAAAAGUCCCCUUACAGUGUCGUCUCCUCUGCGGCCGAUCACUCUUUUGAGGAUUUUGGAUCGGGCCCUAGUCCGCAUCGACAACCCGUGGAACGCGCGCACAAGCACAGGCACUCGACCGAGCCACAGCCCUCUUCCUCUCAACCACCAUCAGAACGGCACCCCGACCAUCGCCACGCGCCGGAACGUCAGACAAGUGCCCCUUUACACACCGGUGCCACCUCGCCGUUCGAUACUCCUCUCACAGAAGAGGCCCCAUCCCCUCUCGAGACUCCGCUCCCCACGCCUCAGCAUUCCGACGACCUCUCCUUCCAGUCUGCCUUGGCUAGGGCUCAGGAAUCGACUUUCGCUGAGUAUCAGUUGAUCCCGACUCUAGACACGGUUGCCGAAAAGACUAGCAACGACCGCCGACCAUCGUCGUCAUUCUUUCCUCCUCCCUCGAGCAAGCGCCCUAGCAUUGCUAUCCGUCGACAGUCUCUUCUUCCAGCAUCGCACCAGCAUUUGAUCAGUGGGCUGCUCGAGCAGAACCUAUUCACACCCCUCGCUGAUCAAGGCAGCAGUCGUGCCCCAGCUGCUGCCGCCAAAAUGGUCCAUCGUCGAAUCUGGGUGAAACGGCCGGGUGGCUCCGCCACACUGGUGCCAUGCUUGGAGGAUGCGGUGGUGGAUGAGCUACGCGAUCAGGUGAUAAUGAAAUACGCAAACUCGCUAGGCAGAGCAUUCGAUUCUCCGGAUAUCGUCAUUCGCAUAUCGGCGCGCGAGGGCUCGAACCGACAGGCAUCACCGGAGCGUCUUCUAAGCCCGGAAGAAGUUCUAUCAUCUGUUCUCGACACGUACUACCCGGGAGGCCAAACCAUAGAAGAGGCUUUAGUGAUCGAGGCGCCCUCACGGCGCACUCCCAAACCGUCCCCUCGCCACUCAAUCUACCACCACCACCAUUCGGAACCUGGUGAGCAUGGCGAGUAUUUCCCUCUCAUGCCCGUCAAUCCGAACGUCCCCACUCCUCCCGCACAUCCAUCGAGUUCAGGAGCAGCCAAUGCUCCUUCGAUCUCUAUACUUACAACAGGCGUGGUUCCGCCAUUGCCAUCCCCUGGAAGCCGUGGUAGCCGGCACCACCGUCGGCCGCCGCUCACACGACACACGACGAACUCGCCGACCAUGUUGGGUCAGGCCCCUGGACCAGAACCCGGCAUAUCUCCCCACACUCAGCCCACUCCUUCCGUUCCGACGCAAAAUGUCCCUACGCCUCCUGCGCCAGUGCCCGAUUCCCCACAAACGAAGACCCAUACACCCCCUGCGCCGGUCGCAUCUCCACGGUCUUUACGAAAGUCCAAAGGUGCAGCCUCGUCGGGUGCAGUCUUUGGUGGAUUGAUUGACGGCACUGUGCCACCAAUUAAUGUCCUCAUUGUGGAAGAUAAUAUUAUAAAUCAAAAGUUGCUGGAGGCAUUUAUGAAACGAUUGAGCGUGCGUUGGAAGUGUGCUGCGAAUGGCGAAGAGGCAGUGAGGAAAUGGCGUCAAGGUGGAUUUCAUUUGGUCUUGAUGGAUAUCCAACUGCCCGUCAUGAACGGCUUGGAUGCCACCAAAGAAAUCCGUCGGCUGGAACGACUGAACGGAAUUGGUGUUUUCCCCAAGACUGCUUCUGGUCGGUUGAGCGCUUCGAGCGCUGCGUCUCCAGAAGAAAGACCGGGUCUCCGGCGGUCCGUCAGUGAAGAAGAUACGUUGUCAGACUUGUCUCUGUUCCGAAGUCCGGUUAUUAUUGUCGCUUUGACAGCCAGCAGCUUGCAAAGUGAUCGUCAUGAAGCAUUAGCUGCCGGCUGCAAUGAUUUCUUGACCAAGCCCGUGGGAUUCCCGUGGCUUGAACAGAAAGUGACAGAAUGGGGCUGCAUGCAAGCGCUCAUUGACUUCGAGGGCUGGCGUAAGUGGCGAGGAUUCCUGGAUUCUCCACAGUCCUCUCCGGGCUUGAACAAUGCAGCAAGCCCUAUGCAGACAGGUCACCGCCAGGACUAUGUAACUGCGACUGCCCCUGCAUCGCCCUCACUCUCCCGAAACGCAUCGAAAUCCAAAGCACACCGGCCCACGCGACCUCAAUUACCUGAUGCCGCGGAGAUUAUGCGUGAGGACUCGUGGGGCAGUGGAAGUGGUGAUACUGCAGACUCACCUAUCAGUCCACAGUCGACGCCGGCAGAGGCAGAUAUCCAACCUCCUGCUGAUGCUAGUAAUUAG